AUGUUGGCAUCAGAAGCUGCUAAUUCAACUGCUGUUGGAUCAAAGAUAAUUACUUCAAUCCAUGAUUUUAUGGAUGAAGUUGAAACAAAAUAUCGUCAACAAAAUAUUGAUUUAAGACAUUCAAAUGGAGUAAAUUAUUUAAUUGAUUUAAUUAAAUUAUAUAAAUUGAUUGAAAUUGUUCCAAAUGCAACUACUUUAUUAAAUGAUGAAUUACCGUCAGAGGAAUUUUUCACUCAAACGGUCUUCACCGAUAUUCCAAUUAAAUGGCAACAUUUCCAUUUUGAAAGAGCAGAAUUAUAUUAUUUUUGGUCUUUAAUUGAAAAUAGAUUAAUGGUUUUUUUCAAAAGAGACAUAUUACCUCUUGACUAUUUGAGAGAUUAUCCAAAUAUAAAUUUAUUCAAUACUUGGUUAUUAAUGAUUUUAGAAGGUUGUAAAUAUAUUGAUGAACUAAUUUGGAAUUUUGAAUUAUCAGGUGUUUCAAAUAUCCCUAAUCUUUAUAAUAAAUUAAUAAGAUUACAUAUUGAUGGUUCAAUAUUACAAGUUUUCUUAGAUAAUAUUAAUAAACAUUUCACUAAAAAUGAUUUGAAGAAAACUUCGGUCUUCUCCCAAUCCUACAUCAUUUUAAGAUUUCAAAGAGAACUUGCUUAUUAUCCAAAUUUACAUCCAAAAAUUGAUAAACCUUUAAUUAAAUUAGUUAAAAAAUACGAUCUUAUCACUUUCAAAAAAUUGGCCCAAUCCAUCGAUGUUAAUAACUUAAAUCAUUUAUGUAAUCAUCCCGUUGAUACCCCAGUUCCUCAUCUCACUUUCUUAAAUCUAAGUUAG